AUGGUUGGUCUGGAUGGGGGGCUUGUCCCUGAUGAUGGUGACGCCACGAACAAUUAUCUCGUAACGCUCGAUCUCACGUCUUCCUUCGAAACAUCCGAGGGUAAGAAUUAUAAGAUGACCAAGAUCAACACCGGAGUUCCCAAGAUCAAAGACAUGGCGCUCUGGUCUAACGCGGCGAACACGACUUUGUACCAGUACGGAGGAAGGUUUUUAGAGAACAUCACCUCAGAAAACACAAUCUGGACCUAUGCGACGAAAAAGAAAUCAUGGAACAAACAAGAUGGCACCAUUCAGCCUUCGCGACUAGAAUACGGUGUCUAUACAAAUGCGCCUGCUAUCCACGCCGGCUAUUGGAUCGGUGGCUAUCGGGCUAGUGGCACAACUGCAUCAAUCACAGAUGCAACGAAGGAAUACGCCAAGGGGCUGAUUCAAUUGAAUACAACGACUGGGGAUUACACAUCUCUCGACGGACCUUACAACGCGGUUGAGGAGGGUUCGCUUUCAUACGUGCCAGUUGGCGAUAAGGGCAUUUUGGUGUACAUCGGUGGUGACGUUCCGUCGAUUGCGGAUGGGAUCAACGCUACUAUGAGCUCGAACUCAUGGAACUACGUCCAAGUCUAUGACAUUGCUGGGGCGAAGUGGUAUAACCAGUCCACGACCGGGACUAUAACGUCCCGAACACAAUUUUGCGCCUCUGUGCAACACGAUGAAUCAUCCUCUUCGUACCAGAUUUAUAUCCUCGGAGGCGCAGAUCUGAAAUCCAAAGAUACGAUCUUGGAUGUAAACUACUUAUCAAUCCCCUCAUUCAAAUGGUAUACUGCUGCCCCUCUCGACAAGGCUCGCAUGACGCUCACAUGCGUGACAUACGGACGUCAGAUUUUUGGUAUUGGGGGAAGACUUGCGUGGGCAGAGGACGGUCAAGCAGGCUGUUAUGACGCACCGGCCUUUAUAUACGACGCUCAAUCGGAGGCAUCGCGAUCCUCGUUUGAUCCCGCUCUUUCAUCAUUCUCCUUAUCCUCUUCCACGUCCAAAGAUAUCCAGGCCUCCCCAUCCCCCUCGACAUGGGCGGAUUCGGCCCUAAAAGCCCUUUUUGAAGAGAGCAAGUCUACAAACAGUACUGCAACCGGCAGCGAGACCUCUUCUACCCCCGCAUCACAAGGGGUCAACACAUCCGACCCAGCAAUCAAAGGUGCCAUCGCUGGUGGGGUUGUCGGUGGCGUGGCAGGCCUGGCCCUUAUCAUAGGCCUGGCAUGGUUUUUCAUUGCGAGACACAAGAAGCAAAUGGCCAAAACGUCUGAAGCUGAGGUUGUAGCGCAGAAGCCUCAGCCGAUGCCAGAGCUCCCAGCAGGGUCCCGAGAUGGUCGCUCCGAGUUGGGAUCAGAGACGUAUAUGUAUGCAGAACUGCCUGCGGUUCAUAGGCAGGAAAUAUCCGAACUCGACAGUGAGAGGAGUCGGUAG